AUGUUGGAUGAACGACGGAGUUGCUCCUCGAUCGCGCUUGGACUAUUCACGGCGGAUUCGCCAUCAUCGUUUCGACGCUUCUCCUUCCACACUAAAUCUGAGUCUCCGGCAGCUGAAUGGUGCUUUCAUUCAGGCUCUCAUGGUGGAUAUCCAGCCAUGGAGUUCCUUGAAGGAGCCUGGCAAGUGAUUGGAAGCUUAGAUGAUGGAACAAGCUUCUAUAUGGCUCUCUGCAACAAGAACUGUUUCCGUAUCUACUGGCUUGGCAUAUUGGCGUGGUUGGAACCUGGAACAGGAUGUGAGCAGCCGAGAUACCCAGAUAAACAAAGGAAACAGCUUGCUUGGGAAUAA